CCGUGACAACACACACAUCCAGAAACAUGCAGCAAAUAAGCUCGGCAGGGAGACUUGCGGCGCCAUCGCCCUGUAGACGACACCACCACCAGCGUAUGGCCUUCCGCGGACCCCUCUCGCUGCUUUGGCUAGCUCUGUCCGUGGGUACCGGACCGGUCGCCUGUUUCGUGGUUCUUCCAACCUCAACACCCGUUGCCGCCGCAUCGCCUCUACCGAAGAUCGUCCUAGGGUGUCAGCAGGGCGGGCGCGGAGCAGCGCGCAGCAGCAACAGGAGCGGGAGCCAUCGACGAUUGUACGCGUUCACUGGAAGGUCGGAGCAGGAGCGAAGAGCACUAGAACAGGCAACCGACGAUGAGCAGGCAGCAAACGCAUCAUCUGUGCAACAACACGACGAGUACAGUAGUCCAACUGCUGCUACCGGGAACGCAGCACAACAUGCAGUAGCGUCUACCGGAAUUCGGAACGCGAGAGCACUCCGAGUGGCGUCCGCGCUAUCCCAAGGGAAAGGGUUUAGGGCCGCGGCCACGGCGCUCAGGGCGUCCGCGACCGGGUUGGAUGUUGGGGUACCGACGGAGGCAACGACGACGACCCGACCUAAGAAAAUAUUGAUCCUCAUGAGCGACACCGGGGGGGGGCACAGAGCAUCUUCGCAGGCGCUAAACGCGGCUCUCGAGAACCUCUACGGCGACCAGAUCCACACAGAUAUCGUGGACAUCUGGACAGAGUACGGCCGGUUCCCCUUCGCCGAAGCCGUGCGGACGUACAAGUUUUUGGGGAAGCGCCCAUUCUUGUGGAAGCUUUCGUACGACAUGGCCCGGUUCCCGCCCACCCGGCGGUGGGCAGAGGUACUGGCAAACCUGACGUGCCACCGGAGCUUCCGAAGCUGCCUUGAGAAGUACGAUCCGGACCUGGUCGUGUCCAUGCACCCCCUGUGCCACCACGUGCCUCUUAGGGUGCUCAAGAGAAUACGGGAGGAUACGGGGAAGGAGAUUCCUUUCGCCACCGUUGUCACAGACCUGGGCUCGGCGCACCCGACGUGGUUCGACCCAAGGGGAGACCUUACGUACGUACCGAGCGACGUGUUGAGAGAAAGGGCACGGGCCAGGGGCAUCCCGCAGCACAAGCUCAUGCAGUUCGGGCUCCCCGUGCGCGACGCCUUUUGGGAAGCGUCGUCGGAUAAGCACGCUGUGCAGCAGAGGCUGGGCUUGCAGGCGGGAGUGAGGACGGCGUUGAUCGUGGGAGGAGGGGACGGCGUUGGCAAGCUGCAUGACAUCGCAACAAAGGUCGCAGAUCGGUUGGCCUCAGACCACCACCCGGGGCAGCUCGUGGUGGUGUGCGGCACAAACAACAAGACAAGGGAGGCGCUGGAGGCGCACUCCUGGCCGGGGGAAGGGAGCGGGGUUAACGUGCGAGUGCUGGGCUUCGUGUCUAACAUGGACGAGUGGAUGUCAGCUUCCGACCUCUUGGUGACGAAGGCUGGACCGGGAACAAUAGCAGAGGCGUGCACGAGAGGUCUCCCGGUUAUCCUCUCCUCGUUCUUGCCAGGACAGGAGGCCGGCAACGUGCCGUACGUGACGGACAACCACUUCGGGCUCUACCGAAAGAAGCCGAGAGACAUCGCCCACGAGGUGAGCGACCUCUUGGGGGACAGGGAGAAGCUGGAGGCGAUGGGGCGGAACGCUAUGUCCAUGGGGCGGCCGCACGCCACGCUGGACAUCGCGAGGUCGUUGGUGUCCACCAUGCUCCCGGGGGUAACGGAGGUCGAGCAGCCCCCGUCCCCGUCCACCUCUAUGUAGCUAGUGCGCGAUGAUGGGGCACAUACCGACACAUUGUAUGCGUAAUUUCUUGGAAAGGAAGCGAACGAGACGUUUUUAGAACAGGGGACUUUUUUGUUGUUGUUUGAAAGAACCGCGAUUUUUCUUUCAAGUCGUGGGGCUGGGUGGACGAAGAGAGGCGGUGGGAGCACAAAUAAAUGCAGUCGAUUCUGUGUCUUGCGUGGAGACUGGUGCUGCUGCUGCUAUGCAUAGCGCUCGCUGUGGGUGUUUGCAAUGUUGCCUGCCGCCUGGCGUUUUGCCGACGAGCGAACUAAUGGGUAGGAGAAAAGGCGGGUCGGCAAGCAAGGGCUGCUAGAGCGACAGCGGGGUGGGGCUGGGAUCGGGGCGACAACUCGCUCAUCAGUGUUGAGUGUUUCCAGCUUCGACCUGAUGCUUUUGCUGCUCAUGUACAUUUGUUUUCGUGGCGGCAUCUACCGGUUGGUGCGCUGCGGAUACAGACCUUGUCCCAUGACAGUUGUUGGUGUUCGCGAUUUGGCACGGAGAGGGAGGGCACUGCUUGCCAUGCGAGAUCGAAGCACGGCUUUGUAGCAACCGCGUGAAUGCCUCGUUGGUUAUGGACGAGUUGUUCCUUAAUUGUCUCUUUCAUUUCGGUAGGACCAAACAGGGAAUGCCAGGUGUAUCUCGAAAUAGAAUUGAGGGUAAGGUGGGAGUACAAUGGUUCAAGCAGGGUAGGUAGGUUAGGGUCUGGGCGGAGGGGCGGGGAACGGGGCGGGCAGCAUGGGACCCCAGACGGGGAAAAGCAGUGCAGGGAUUAUGGGGCGACCUGUACAGGGUUGUAAUCUGUUAUGUUCGUGCGUACUGCUGUUCGCCGGGAAUCAACCGGGCGCAGGUGUAUGUGGGGGUGGGGGGAUGAAGCAGACAGAAUACAGACAAAUGGGGGCGUGCGUGCGAGAGGAGCGAGAGACCCCGACUACUUUGGUAAACUGUAAUUCAAGCCAUGUGCUCCGGAAAUCUCAUGAGCAUGGCAGUUCGCCUGGACACGUCGGAGAUUGUAACAUCGCUGUGACACUGCUGCUACUACAGUGCGGGCCCGCUUGUAACGUACCUAUUUUGAGCAAGUCUCAAACGCCUGAUGUGACUCAACGAUUAUGAACCG